UGUCGCUCCGACAGCAAGAAGAACAGUGCUUGCGUUGUUUCGUGUAAAACGAAACGUUUCGACUAGCUCCAUUGUUACUGAAAUCAGCUGUCAAGUAUCCAAAAGAUUAAAUAAAAACAAAUUUUAAAGAAUUUAAUUCAGUGGCUUGGGUUGUGUAUUUUAUUGUUACUGAAGACUAAUUGUAACGUCUACCACCAUGGGGGUUGUGUUGUGCAGUUAAUAUAUAUUUGUGCUGUCAAAGUAUAAAAUCAAAAUAAUCUAUUUCGCUUUUGAAAUGUUCCUUAUUUAAAAAUAAAGUAAAACACUGAUUCUCAAUUUCACAACUCACAAGUGUACAUGGUAUUUCUAGUUUAAGUUAAACGUUUUGUAAAGCGUCGUCUUAGAUAAUAACAUUAAGUCCAAAAUGUCUAAAGUGUCUUUGAGCAAUAUUCCAUCAAAUCCAAGAAUAAAUCGCUUACGCACAUUUUCCAGGACUGAAAGUGAAACGUCGUGCGAAGAGGCCGCGCGGCUUACAGCCGAAGGGGCAGCGGAUGACGAUGACGAGGCUUACGACUAUGGGGAGCUCCCGCCCCCACCAGACGGCGGUUAUGGUUGGGUGGUGGUGUUCGCCUCCUUCAUGUGCAACCUGGUGGUCGACGGGAUUGCAUACACGUUUGGCAUCUUCCUGUCGGAGCUAGUAACAUUCUUUGGGGAGGGAAAGGGGAAGGUUGCGUGGGUCGGCAGCCUGCUGUCCGGAGUGUAUUUAGCGGCUGGUCCCGUAGUAUCAGCGUUGUGUAAUAAGUUUGGAUGUCGUGCGGUGUGCGUCGCUGGCUCGUUCGUGGCGACCAUCGCAUUCGUCCUAUCUACCUUCAGCAAAAGCGUGACUAUGAUGAUGAUUACGUAUGGUCUUCUAGGAGGUAUCGGCUUCGGAAUGAUCUACCUCCCGUCCGUAGUAGCAGUGGGCUACUACUUCGAAACCCGCCGUUCUCUUGCUACUGGUAUAGCAGUAUGCGGGUCGGGGGUGGGAACAUUCUCGUUCGCACCUCUUGCGUCAAUUUUGCUCCAAGAAUUCGGUUCCUGGCAGAAUGCGAAUCUUUUGCUCGCUGGUCUAAUUCUGAAUUGCGCUGUUUUUGGAGCGCUAAUGAGACCGCUUGUUUACCCUAAGACAUCAGGUGAAAAACCACUUCUACAAAGAAUGGCUGAAGAGAAAAGACUGCAAAUGGAGAGAGGCUCAAUUGGAGGAUCCUAUUUCGUGGUCCAGCUACCAGAUGGUACUAUGGAGAAACGAAUGAAGCAGGCGCCCCUGAACAUAGACCCAGGCGUGCACUCGUCACUGAAUCUGGAGGCCCUGGCCCGCGUGCCCACUGUGCCUAACAUGCCCAACGUGCCCACUGUGCCCACGCUGCCCACCAUCACCGAGGUCAGAGUCGCUGAUGAUACACAGGAAAAGAAGAAGAGCGAAAACGGCACAACAGCAGUGAACCCGGCCAGCCACAUGUCUCGCAACGUGUCGUCGCCCGCGUUCAGUGCGCAAGCGCCGGGCCUGCCCAAGAACGGCUCCGUGCCGUUCUUCGACCGCCAGCGGAAACAGAGCACCGGCGAUAGGUCAGAUAACGAUAGAUUUAAACCGUCCUUAGCUGCUAUCAAAGCUACGUCCAAAACUUCCAUUAGCAGUCAUCUAAGGAAUGAAGACACAGAAAGUGGAGUGUAUAACUCGAAGCUAUCAGUGGCCGCGCCAAAAGAACCUUCUAGAAUGGUCCGACCAAUGUCCAGAAAGGAUAUUUUCUACUCGGGUUCCGUGUUGAACCUACCUCAGUACCAGAGCCAGAAGUCAUUGCAAGGAUAUAGGAAUUCCGUUCUGAGCUUGCCACAGAGCAGACAGACUGGUGAUUUGGAACGACAGGAACAAUACGACCUCUGCCCAUGCCUGAGCCUCCCCGCGUCAUUCAAGUCGGCGCUGUCGUCGAUGCUGGACGUGAGCCUGCUGCGCGACCCGGCCUUCAUGCUCAUCGGCGUGUCCAACGUGUUCGGCAUGGCCGGCCUCUACGUGCCCUUCGUGUAUAUCGUGGACGCUGCUGUUAUGAAUAAAGUGGAGGAAUCGAAGGCGUCGUUUUUGCUGUCGAUAAUCGGUAUAACGAACACAUUCGGGCGUAUCAUGUGCGGCUGGGUCGCCGACUUCCCCUGGGUGGACUCCCUCUUGCUCAAUAAUAUAUGUCUUGUUAUUGCUACGAUAUCAGUAGCGGUUAUUCCAUUCUGCACAACAUAUGCGGCCUAUGUAGUGGUCGCCAUAGCUUUCGGACUCGCUAUCUCCGGCUACAUAUCGCUGACGUCGAUCAUCCUGGUGGACCUGCUGGGGCUGGACAAGCUGACGAACGCGUUCGGGCUGCUGAUCCUGUUCCGCGGCGCGGCGGCCAUGGUGGGCUCGCCGCUGGCGGGCGCGGUGUACGACGCCACGCGGAACUACGACGCCUCCUUCUUCAUGGCCGCCGCCUUCUUCCUUGCCUCCACGCUCACCUCCUUCGCCGCGCCGAUGUUCCGCCGCAAACAAGAGGAAGCGCCGCAGCCGCUGGACGUGCUGACGCCGAUCGACGAGGACCUGGAGGAGGACGAGGACCCGGACGACACGCCCAUCACCAUGGGCGGGCUGGCGCGUGCCCCGCCCGCCAUCACGCGCACCGCGCCCUCGCCCUCCGACCCGCCCUCGCCCGACCGCCCCGCCGACCUCACCAGGGAGAGCGUGCUCUAAGCUGCGGCACUGUGGAGUGUGGACCCCGCGUUGGGAUGCCCUACGGUCACGAACUACCAAUAAUUUUUAACGUCAUUGCAGGCAAUGGAUCUGGUGGGUCGUCAGAUGGUAAGCGCUACCACCGCCCAUGAACAUUUGGAGU